CUCCAAAAAUGAAAGACACACCGAUAAAACAAAAUAUAUGUUUAUGUUUAGGUUCCACGUGCUUGACGUUUGACCGUUUCCCUUGUGCGUGAGAAAAGUGGGAGGUGAAGAACCGUUUGAGAAGACACGCAUCCAGCGCUGAGCGCAAGUUAGAUAGGGCUCUCCUUCGCUCCUCUCACACACGACCAGCUUACGCCAUUCAUUCUGCCCUCCCUUGCUCCGGCACACUCUGCAUUCCUACGGUAGUUUUUGGAUAGCGAGCGGCGAUGUUUCUCUGCAGAGCGGCUUGGCAAAGAUAUGGGCCUUUGGCAAGGAAGGUAGCCCAACAGUUAUCUCGAGAUGUGUUGCCACGACGACAAAUGUCAUCAGUCCCCGGUGGUACUGGUGAUAACAUCGUCUACGCCCUGCUGUGUGGCGGGGCCUUCGCUGGAGCCAUCGCAUACACAUACAGCACUGUGACCACAGACCACGCCAGGUUCAAUGACCGUGUAGCGGAUAUCAACGCUCGUCCCAAGACUGUGUGGUCGCCCAAACCAUGGCCUCCCAAGAGCAGGGAUGAGGAAGAGGACGGUGAGGAAGCAGCAGCCUGGGGAGGAGAGGAGGAAGCAGAGGAGGCGGCUGAGGAGGGAGGAGAGGAGGAGGAGGAGGCAGCAGCAGAAGAGGCUGGAGAGGAGGCUGCAGUUGAGGAGGCUGUAGCGGCGGAAAACGGAGCAGAACCCGCGGAAGAGGCCUCAGUCGAGGCAGAAGCAGCGGCCGAGGCAGUCUCUGAAGAACCUGCUGUGGAGGCAGCGGCAGUCGAGGCAGAGGUGGCACCAGCGGAAGCGGAGACUGUGGUGGAGGAGAUUACAGAGGCUGUUGCUGAGGUCGCAGAAGAGGUCAUCGAGGUGGCAAAUGAAGUGGAGGCAGCAGCAGAGGAAGUGGCCGUGGAAGAGGCUGCUGAGGAGGCAGUUGCUGUGGAAGAGCCGGAGGAGGAGAUCAACGUGGAACCAGUCAUUCUGGCAGCAGCCUCUGCUUUGGAGGUGACGACAGUCGCUGAAGUGGUCAAAGAAGUGGUUGUGCCUAUUGUAGAAGAAGUCGAGGAGGCCGCCCCAGUGGAGUCCCCAGCUGCAGUGGAGGAGGCCCUGGCUGCAGUGGAGGAGGCCCCGGCUGCAGUGGAGGAGGCCCCGGCUGCAGUGGAGGAGGCCCCGGCUGCAGUGGAGGAGGCCCCGGCUGCAGUGGAGGAGGCCCCGGCUGCAGUGGAGGAGUCCCCGGCUGCAGUGGAGGAGUCCCCGGCUGCAGUGGAGGAGUCCCCGGCUGCAGUGGAGGAGUCCCCGGCUGCAGUGGAGGAGGCCCCAGCUGCAGUGGAGGAGGCCCCAGCUGCAGUGGAGGAGGCCCCAGCUGCAGUGGAGGAGGCCCCAGCUGCAGUGGAGGAGGCCCCAGCUGCAGUGGAGGAGGCCCCACUUGAGGCUGCACCCGUAGAGGAGGCCCCGGCUGCAGUGGAGGAGGCCCCGGCUGCAGUGGAGGAGGCCCCGGCUGCAGUGGAGGAGGCCCCGGCUGCAGUGGAGGAGGCCCCGGCUGCAGUGGAGGAGGCCCCGGCUGCAGUGGAGGAGGCCCCAGCAGCCCCACUUGAGGCUGCACCCGUAGAGGAGGCCCCGGCUGCAGUGGAGGAGGCCCCGGCUGCAGUGGAGGAGGCCCCGGCUGCAGUGGAGGAGGCCCCGGCUGCAGUGGAGGAGGCCCCAGCUGCCCCACUUGAGGCCACACCCGUAGAAGAGGCCCCAACCAUAGAAGAGACCCCACCUGAGGUGGAGGAGGCCCCAGCUGCAGUGGAGGAGGCCCCAGCUGUCCCACCCGUAGAAGAGGCUGCGAUGGAAGAGGCCCCAGCUGCAGUGGAGGCUGCCCCAGUUGUGGUGGUGGCACCUGUGAAGGCGCCCAAGAAGGAGUACAUUGUAGUGGUGCUGGAGGGAGCAGCCAAGACUGAUAAGAGGCCCAAAGUCCUGGGGGUCGGCCCCAUGACCGGCAGGAUCAUCCCAUCUCCAGACGAUGAUGAGGCCCCUGCUGCUGAGGUAAAAGGGCAAGCGACGGCUGCUUAGCAUGCAGAUGCAGUAGAACCACCUGACAGUAAGCACUUGGAGCCCCUGGAUGAUAUACAGUUUCUCUACCCUGAGGGAGAAGAGGGGAUGUGCCUUCCCCAACCCCCCUUUCAUUGACACCCUCCACACACUUUGACCUUUGACCCUUGAUAUUGAAUAUUGAUCUAUAGUAUAAAACUUGUCUUCCUGUCUUGGUCUAGGGAAUUAUCUGUGUAUAUAUUCAGAAAAUGCCUGCUUUAUGGAAAAAUACAUGAUCUGGUAUGUUUUUCUAGAUGUACAACACCCCUCAAAUUCCCCCCUCCAAAAAAAAGUCCCCCUCCGUCACACCGGGCAAGCUAAAUUAUAAUAAUCUGGGAAUAUUUGGCCAUGGAAACAUUCCUGGUUGACGUCAGGAGAAUGUAACUGUUUGCCAAAGUUACACAAGUUUGCCAAAAUACCUUAGACUAAUUAUUGGACUGAAAUAGUUAUAUAUUAACUUACUUUUGUAGCUCUCCAUUAGAAGCUGGCAGGAACUGGGCCCAGCAGAAUUUGACCCAAUGUGAUUGGUUGACGAUAUGACACAUUGGCUCGCUAGCCUAUACCUUACGUUUUGUCGGGUUGGAAUGCAAUCAAUAUCAAUUCUGAUCAAAUGAAUGGGAACUCUAAAUUGAAAUACGCAGUGGUGGAAAAAGUACUACAUUUUCAUAUUUGAGUAAAAGUAAAGAUGCCUUAAUAGAUAAUGACUCAAGUUAAAGUGAAAGUCACCCAGUAAAAUACUACUUGAGUAAGAAAAUGUAUUAAAGGUUUUAAAUAUAUUUAAGUAUCAAAUAUAAUUGCUAAAACAUAUCAAAAGUAAAAGUAUAAAUCAUUUCAAAUUCCUUAUUAAGCAAAUCAGACAACACCAUUUUCGUGAUAUCCAAUUGGUAGUUACAGUCUUUCCCAUCGCUGCAACUCCCGUACCGACUCGGGAGAGGCAAAGGUCGAGAGCCAUGCGUCCUCUGAAACAAGACCCUGCCAAGCCGCACUGCUUCUUGAUACACUGCUCGCUUAACCUGAAAGCCAGCCACACCAAUGUGUUGGAGGAAACAACUGGUGGCGGAAGUCAGCUUGCAGACUCCCGGCCCGCCACAAGGACUUGCUAGAGCACGAUGGGACAAAGACAUCCCAGCCCGGGCCAAACCCUCCACAAUUUAAAUAAAAUAUAAUAAAUAUUAUGGAUAGCCAAGAGCACACUCUAACACUGACAUAAUUUAUAAAACAAAGCAUUUGUGUUUAGUGAGUCUACCAGAUCUGAGGCAGUAGGGAUGACCAGGGAUGUUCUUUUGAUAAGUGCUUGAAUUGGACCAUUUUCCUGCCCUAAGCAUUCAAAAUGAAACACGUACUUUUGGGUGUCAGGAAAAUGUAUGGUGUAUAAAGUACAAAAAAAUCUUCUUAAGUAGUACUUUAAAGUAUUUUUACUUUACACCACUAGAACAAUGGAAGAAAUGUACAUUUUUUUGUGACUAAGUCAGGACACCUGAAAAGUGGCUGAAAAACAGAACUGUCCUGUGAAAAAAGAGGACAUAUGAUCACCCUAACACAAAGGGUCAUCAUCCAAUGCAAUACUACACAUCUGAUGCUUAGCCGCCAAAAGUCAACCACUAAUUGCUUCAGGACUGGGCAGGACAAGGCAGGGUUUUGGUGUGACCAGCAUUCUUUAACUAUCCUCAGGUUUUUCCUCGUUGAGCCGAUUCCAAUGUGAACAUAAGUAUUUAACUCUCAAAGACAUAGUGAUCGGAGACUCUAUUUCUGAGUCACUGACUUGUUUUUGGGAGACGAGACACAGUAGACUACCUCGGCAUUCCUCCUCUUUUCCCCCAGCCGGUGAUCCACAGACCUUUUAUUAAUGCAGUCGGAGUAUUAAAGUUGAACAAACCUUCUCAGUUGCAAGACAGACAUGGGAUUAUUUUUGGGGAAAUGAGCAUGAUGAGAGUCGGUCAGGUUUUUACAUUCAGUGAUGUCGCUUAAGCUAGACUCUAGCAUAUUUCAUGAUAUCGCUAUUCAGCAAUAUUUCACAAGGCAGACAUUUUUGUCUCUUUACUUUCUCCCACACCCUCUGUUGUAGAGUUGUUCUCUCUGUUUCCACACCAUGGCUAUGGAAUACACAUCUGUUGGAUAGACAAUCCAUUUGUGAAGCUGUAUCUGAAAUAGAAAAAGCCAUUUGUUUGAGUGUAUAAUAUGGUUUCCGAGUCUGGUAUAAACAGUCGUGUGCUGUUAUCAUAUGAAAGUUGCAUUUUUACUCAAGUCAGGCUUGUGUGGUUGCAUAAGUUAAUUCGAUGGCUCAGUGAAGCGUGUUGCUAUGAUUUUGUCUGCUUUUCAAAUGAUAUGACUUAUUAGUUUGUGUUAGAUUCAUGAAUAAAUGUUCAACUUCGUCAAAACCAGUUAAAAUAAUUGGUGGGCCAAUACAAGGCUCUCACUGUACUCUACAGAUUUGUUGUAGAACUAGUUCUUCUCACUUUCCUUCCCUCACUUUAUAUAUUGGAGUUCUUGCUAUGUUUAGGCAUAUUUGAAAAGGGACUGAGACCAUUGAUAAGUGAAUGUAAGCUUAUUCCUAAUUAAGGAGUGGGAUAAUUCAAUUUGUCUGUCCUAAUGUUUGCAGGCACUUUUUGUAUGGGAUAUAUAUGGUACCAGUCAAACGUUUGGACAUAUUUAUUUUUUUACAUUGUAGGAUAAUAGUAAUAGAAGACUGUGAAAUAAAACAUGGAAUCAUCAACUGUGAAAUAAAACAUAUGGAAUCAUGUAGUAACCAAAAAAGUGUUCAACAAAUCAAAAUAUAAUUUAUAUUUGAGAUUCUUCAAAGUAGCCACCCUUUGCCUUGACAGCUUUGCACACUCUUGGCAUUCUCUCGACCAGCUUCAUGAGGUAGUCACCUGGAAUGCAUUUCAAUUAACAGGUGUGCCUUGUUAAAGUUAAUUUGUGGAUUUUCUUUCCUUCUUAAUGCAUUUGAGACAAUCAGUUGUGUUGUGACAAGGUAGGAUAGGCAUACAGAAGAUAGCACUAUUUGGUAAAAGACCAAGUCCAUAUUAUAGAAAGAACAGCUAAAAUAAGCAAAAAUAAAUGACAGUCCAUCAUUACUUUAAGACAUGAAGGUCUGUCAAUUCGUAAAAUGUCAAGGACUUUGAAAGUUUCUUCAAGUGCAGUCACAAAAACCAUCAAGUGCUAUGGUGAAACUGGCUCUCAUGAGGACCGCCACAGGAAAGGAAGACCCAGAGUUACCUCUGCUGCAGAGGAUAAGUAAUUUACCUUCCUCAGAAAUCGGCACUUAUCUGCACCCCAGAAAUGGCAGUCCAAAUAAAAUGAAAUGGCAGCUCUGCUUCACAGAGUUCAAGUAACAGACACGUCAACAUCAACUGUUCAGAGGAUACUGCGUGAAUCAGGCCUUCAUUAGACUGGUGGAAAUCUGUCACUUGGUCUGAUGAGUCCAAAUGUUAGAUUUUUGGUUCCUACUGCUGUGUCUUUGUGAGAUGCAGAGUAGGUGAACGAAUGAUCUCCGCAUGUGGGGUUCCCACUGCGAAGCAUGGAUGAGGAAGUGUGGGGAUGCUUUGCUGGUGAAACUGAUUUAUUUAGAAUUCAAGGCACACUUAACCAGCAUGGCUACCACAACAUUCUGCAGUGAUACGCCAUCCCAUCUGGUUUGCGCUGAGUGGGACUAUCAUUUGUUUUUCAACAGGACAAUGACCCAACACACCUCCAGGCUGUGUAAGGGAUAUUUGACCAAGAAGGAGAGUGAUGGAGUGCUGAUUCAGAUGACCUGACCUCCACAAUCACCCAACCUCAACCCAAUUGAAAUGGUUUGGGAGGAGUUGGACUGCAGAGUGAAGGUUAAGCAGCCAACAAGUGGAGAGCACAUUUGGGAACUCCUUCAAGACUGUUGGAAAAGCAUUCCAGGUGACUACCUCAUGAAGCUGAUCGAGAGAAUGCCAAGCGUGUGCGGUGCUGUCAUCAAGGCAAAGGGUGGCUCAAAUAUAAAAUAUAUUUUGAUUUGUUUAACACUUUCUUGUUUACUACAUGACUCCAUAUUUGUUAUUUCAUAUUUGAUGUCUUCACUAAUAUUCUACAAUGUAGGAAAUAGUAAAAAUAAAGAAAAACCCUUGAAUGAGUAUGUGUCCAAACUUUUGACCGGUACUAUAUAUAGGGGCUUGUUCUGUCAUGUGAGUGGAUGGCUUGCCACUGUGCAAUGACCUAGCAUGGGCCAGAAACUGACUGUGAAACAACAUAGCUGUUUUUCUGAAAUAAAGUGGGAAUCAAAAAGGAA